ACGUGACCACACACGUGAUCUCAAAGUCAAGCUAAAAGGACCACGCAGGUGUCACAGGUUAACUGGGGCUAGAUGUAAUAAGACAUUGUGUAAAUUACUACUGCCUUAAACUUCAAAGUGCAGUUUGUAUCUUGAUAACCGUCUGGUCUCUCGAGUUCCUUAUCAAGAGAAGAGAAUAUAUUUUUUCCGGACCCAGCAUUCUCGGUUCUCGUUUUUGCUGACUAAAGGCAGUAAGUGCUUAAGGACAUAAACAUUUUUGUACACACUUUUUUAGUACACUGAAAAAAAGAACUUAGAGUUUGUGAAAUGUGUGAAGGGAGUCGAAUUGCAUGCAUACUCUACAAAAAAUUAUUUGUUCGUGUUUUAUUCCUCAAUUCUAACAGUUAGGUAUUUAUUUUAAAAAGUCAGAAAACAAUUCAGCUUUUUGUUAAAAACGGAGAGCAGUUAAUCACAUCUUCCACGUUACAUAUGUGUUUGUCAGCGUGAUGGUUCAAAUUGCAGAAGAAGGUUGAGCUUUUUGAUACCACACUAGUCUCUGCCGUCUGCGCGAUGUUUUUUUUUUUUUUUUGUUUGACUUUCUUUUUUAUGGAAUUUUUUUUUUACAAAAACAGAAGACUGCCAGGAGAUACAAUAUUCUGUGUCUUAAAACCAGUCGUGCUUAAAAGUUCUCUCAGCAAUGACUGGCAAAAACCAAAUAAAUUCUAAAUACGUUUACUUACAGGCUGUCACAGAUGUCACUUCAAAGUCUCAAGCCUUGUAGAUGGUUUUUAGGUCAAUAAAUGUCACGUUGACAUCGCUUUGAAGUCUCAAGUACUCUAAACUCUUGCCACACAGAAAAUGGCAUUGCAGUGAGGUUGUAUAAAAACAGAGAAGAAAUUAUGUAUAUUUUUUAUCAUCAAAAGUUAAAACGGGAAUGAUGUGUGUUUGUGUCUGUUAAUUUGUCAGUGCGUGUGUAUGUGUGUAUUCCUCCCUCUCGCUCCACCCUUUCCUUUCAAUCUAUGGCUAGUACUGGCACCGCUUAGUUCUUGCAUAAACUAGAAAAUAAUUAGCUUUUCCAAUAAGUACUAGACAUUAAUUUUUUUCAGAUAACCUUGUUUUCAACACGAAAAUAAUCUUUCUCAUCCACACGAAAGCAGCAGUCAGGCUCCUCUACGGCUCGCAAAACGACGACAGUCAACACAUUUUUACAAAAUUUGAAGACUGGAAGAGAAAGAGGAUGUGGAUCAGCUUCUGUGUACUGGUUGUCCUCGUCCUCCUGGUGCCGCAGUCCACCCCUGUCGGAAUGACCUGGGACCACCCUCUCUGCGAUAAGAUCCCAAUGGUGGUGUUUGAAAAUAGCAUGCAUUACUGGAACCUUUAUGGAAACAGCUGCUACGUCUAUAUUUAUCACAGACUGGAGUAUCGAUACGCACAGAGAUACUGCCAUAGGCUAAACGCGAGUGUUGUUGAAAUCAACGAUGAGAAAGAAAACGCCGAUGUCAGCCGAUAUGUUCAAAUAAUGACAGAUGAACAUAACGAUACCUGGAUUGGAAUAAACAGAAUUUUCCAAAAUGAAUGGAUAUACGGUACCAGCAGGACUCCUCUAACCUUUACAAAGUGGGAUGAUUAUGAACCCAAUGUUUCUGGCAAUUGUGCAGUUUUUCGGAAAUCUGAUAAAUGGUUUGCUCAGGUGUGUGCACAAACAAAAACAUUCGUCUGUGAGCAACCAUAUGUGGAAUAGAGAGAGAAAAGGCAAAAGACCAGGAAACAGUGUAAAGUAAGCUGAAUCACACAAUUGACUGGUGGAUACAUUAAAUGUGUUUGUUAUGGGUUAGAGGUCACUUAGUCUUUCUUGACUUUCUGAUAAAACUUGCAGACUUGUGUAAGAUUUGUGCAUCUAGCACCAAAAACUAAUUUUAUGUAAAUAAUUAACUGGGCAUGAUGAUCUUCAUCUAAAGUUAAACAAAUGAUAAAGAUUUUGGUGAUUUUAUGCCAAAGUUCGCAAGUUGUUAACAAUUGGUUUAUUUUCUUUCUUCUGUAUGAAGAAAAAAAUAAAAAUUGUGUCCAGAGAGAAAGAGGCAAAUACAUAAGUCAAAAUAUUAUCAAAGAGAAUGCAUCACCAUUAUAAAGCACCGAAAAUGUUACACUUCAAAUCAAAUCUUAAUCCCACUGAAGGGAAAAAUCAUAUAAUAAAACAUUCAGUAUAUGAAGACAACAACAAGAGUAAGCUUGUAUCUUAGUAUCCUAAAUUGCAAAGACUUUUAAAAAGUUUGAUAUUUUGUAUUUUAUUUAAAUUGUAGAUCUCUUCUUUUUCUUUUAGAAUCCCCCUGUAUCUCUAAGCUUUGAUGCAGCUGUACCUCGCUAUUGAAUGGGAAAACAAUUUUAAAAUUAAAAAGAUGACGGCAGUUUUAAGACGUCAAGUAUUUUUGCAAGAUUUAUCAUAUGAAUGUGGAAAAUCAUGAAAAUGAACUGUGUUUAUAUAGAUAUACAACCUAUUUUCUUCACAUCCAUAAAAGUGCACAAGCUCACACAUUCUAAAACUCUGAACAAACGAUAUGAAAAUAUUUGUAUUGAAAUCUCUCACGGCACUUGUAGACCAACACUUCCAAUUUAGUGUAUCUAGUAUCUAAAACAUUUUAAAAAGAAAUAAAAUUAAAGAAAUGUAUUUUUAAUGUAUGGUAUGUGUAAAACGUUUAAAGGUUUUCUAGUUACUAUUAUCGUGUUGCUUGUUGUUGUGUAAUGUAUCACAAAAUAUUCUAUAGUUCUGAUUUUAAUAUAAUAAAUGUAUCAGUUACUUUUAUAUACUAAUACUUAUAUAUACUUUUAUAUACUAACAAUUUCGAUAUAGUUAUUUUAAACUUAAAAAAAUAAAAACUUUUUUGACGUUAACACAAAUACUUUUAAUUCUGAUCAUUUGAAAACAAAGAAGUCUUUAUUUUCUGUAAGGAAUUUUCAACCCAUUUAAAAAAAUGAAAGGUAUCAUUUGAAAAAGACUUAAACGUUUUGUACACAACCGACAUUAUGUCAAAACACUUUUUUGUCAACACACUGUUCACUAAGCAGUAAAGAUAAAUUUUACAUACAUUGAAAAUGUCUUCAUUGAUACAACACAUUUGUUUCUUAUCAAACAAUAGUCAAUGUAAGAAACGAAUGAAUAAACAAAUAGCUGGUUAAAAGAAUUUUUUUAUUUUAUUUUAACGUUUAGACAUAUAGACUUUAGAGUAGUGAAUUGGAGAGCUGGUAAAAUAUAAAUAGAAAAGACUACAGCAUGAGAUGAUAAGAAGCUACAAGUUUUUUUUAUCGAAGUUGAUAAAAGACCAAAUUUAUAAAGAACUUUUACAAUGAAGCAAUACCAUACCCCAUUAUUCUAUGUGAUUUCAGGCGCAUUCGAGAGCACGUUAUUACAUAUCUUUAUAAAUAUGAAAAGGAUUGGUUGUCAAUUUUGCUUUUAAAGUUGUGUGCAUGUAACCUGUAUUUUAAGUUUUAGUGCACCUCUCCUAUUUGGGUGUGGUGUGUGUUCCAACACUAAUUAGAACUACAAAUAAAUAACAAAUAUACAAAAAAAGAUUUCAACAGGCACACACUAUCAAAUAGUGACAUAAAAUGCUAUUCAGUUCAUUUUUCCUUUUCUAGGUAACUCUGUUUGGUC